AUUUGGGAAGCCAGCCUUACAAGAACAGAGGGAGGUUGAAUAUAAGGGCAAUGGAGCGCAGCGUCUGCUCAAACGCCCGGGGACCUUCUAAAGAUUGGGCAGAACUGGCAGUGUCACUGGCUUUGGAAGUAUGUUGUCAAAGAGCCUGAGAAACCCGUUCAGUGAUUGAGGGCUCAGGCUCAGUAACUGGGGGGUUGCACACAGUACAAUUAAGGAGCGCUGGCGCUGCGUGGGGGCAUUAAGGAAGGCGUGCCUGGAGUUGGAGGUGCCGCACCUCCCCGUCCCCAGUCCAGGCACCACCUGGGCGGCCUCCCCGCCCCAGCUUCGCCGAGGCAGGCAUUCCGGACCUCGCACCUCCACCACCCACGCUCGUGCCACCGCGGGGAGGAGCCUGACUGUGACGUGACGUCGCGAAGGGGCGGGGUCUCAUUAUUUAAAAGAGGCGAGAGGCCGCGGGGCGGGCCCCAGGACGGGCCCGCUAGGUCUGUUCACACAGCUGGUCUCGUGAGUGACGCCCUCGAGUCCGCGGCGGGCAAGAUGCAGCUCCUGGUGAGGAUACCGUCUCUUCCAGAGCACGGCGAGCUGGACUGCAACAUCUGCUACCGGCCUUUCAACCUCGGGGACCGCGCGCCCCGCCGCCUGCCCGGGACGGCGCGCGCCCGCUGCGGCCACACGCUCUGCACCGCGUGCCUGCGCGAGCUGGCGGCGCGCGGCGACGGUGGCGGGGCGUCGGCGCGCGUGGUGCGCCUGCGCCGCCUCAUCACGUGCCCCUUCUGUCGCGCGCCCACCCGGCUCCCGCGCGGCGGGGUCGCGGAGAUUUCUGUCGACCCAGACUUAUGGUCGCGCUUGGAGGCAAAAGUCAGGCGCGAAUCUGAUGAGGCGGGUGGCGAUGCGAACCAAGAGACCGAUGACGAGGAAAAGGAGAGCGAGAAAGGGGCGGGGCCUAGGAGCGCAGGGUGGCGCGCGCUCCGGCGGCUCUGGACCCGGGUGCUGGUGCCUGCGCGCGGGUGGCGGCGCCCGCUGCCUAGCAACGUGCUGUACUGUCCAGAGGUCAAGGACUUGGCCCACAUGACCCGCUGCACGCCGUGACCGGGGAACUCUGAAGCUACGGCAGAAGAAAGGUGGGAGCUGCGUUCUCGGGGGCGCGCUGUAGUACUGAUGGUAGUCUGAUGCCAAGACUACCACCCGUCACAUCCUGGAUUGGCAUGGAUGAGGGAGGUGAGCCAAGGGCAGGAGGGAACACCCUGGGAGGUGUUAAUACUGCGCUGCAGAGGCUCCUAGGCGAAUCGCCCCCGUCUACUGACUGUGCCAGCCUUGCGUAUUUAGGAUGGAGUGGCUUAGGGAUGAUGGAAACAGUCUCCGUUCUCGGGGGAAGAAGACAGACUGUUUCCCUAGCUGUGACUUUGGCUUUUCUCCAGGGCAGCUCUGGUGUGUGGGAGCAACAGGUCCCAUUUUAGCAAUUCUGUCAAUGAUUUUAAAGAUGGAACGGGAAAGAAGAGGCCGAUUUUCAUGUCGUGUUAAUCUCACUUCUCUAGCACUUAAGAGAAGUGAGAAAAAUACACUGUACCCACCCUACCCUCCUCCACUGGUAUGCCUACUGUUUCCCCAUUCCCAGAACUGUUUCUAAAAUUAUCAAGAUGCAUCCCUACCUAUGAGAUUAAGAGCCUUGCUUCAUUUCAGAAUCUACUGGUUAGUUCGGGCAGGCAUGAGAAGGUCCAAAGGGCAUUUAUCUGAGUCAGCUCAUUAGUGCUUAUCAAGGAGAGAAACGAGUGCCAUUUGGCAAAGACAUUGAAUUGUAAACCUUUAAUACGAUCUGUUAUCUUUACAGCCCCAAAGAAAGAGUCACUACCGAAAAAUGCUCAUAAUACAGUUUUAAAUUUGUGUCCCAUAACUGGACUUCACCGAUUUUUAGGGUGUGAGUUUUAGCUAAAAAUCUUGUUAAUCUCUCAUGAUAAUAUAGUCAGUCAAGGACCAACAGCAUCCGCAUCACUGGGAGCUUGUUGGAAGUACAGAAUCUCAGGAUUUCAGUUUAGACUGACUGACUCGGACUCUGCAUUUUACCAGGAAUCCCAGGUGAUCCAUUUAAAUAAAAAUUUAAGAAGCACUGGUCCUGGUUCUAGACUAUCUAGGAUAUCACCAUCUGUGGUUUGAAUAUUUAAAACACAACUGAUAUAAAUGAUAUAAUUUUAUUCAAGGUUCCUAAAAUGACACUCUUAUUAACUGAAGAAAUUUAAACUUUGUGUGCAUAGUUUAAUGUGUUGAAUUUUCCUCUGAGUUUUAAAAAUGUGAACUUACUAAUAAACCUCAGUUUUUCUAA